CUUAGUGACAUGUGUUACCAACCUUACCACCCUUGUUAACCACCAUUACUGGUACUACUGUCAGUUUUUUGUAAAAUUUUAUUCUAAAUGAGUAAAUAGUUGUUUAUUUAUCUAAAAAUGGAAGAUCUGUACGAUCCUGAGGAAAAAAUAAUGUGUCCUUAUAACAGCUCGCAUCACAUCCGUCGCUGUAAAAUGUCUUUUCACUUAGUCAAGUGUAAGAAAAAUUACGGCGAGCAAAAGAUGAUCCCUUGCGACUUUAAUGCCAGUCAUAUGAUCCCCAAACCCGAAUUGCGCUACCACCACCAGAUUUGUAGCGACCGGAAAAAAAUUGAAGCCCCCAUUGUCAAGUCCCAAAUGAAGUCAAAAAGCAAAUUUCCAGUCCCUAGCAUUCCAGUCGCGACUGAGGAAAGUUGGGAUAAUUUAAAUGUGGCCACCUACGACCCCAAAAAUUACGCUGAAAGUAGCGCCGUUUUGCGGCAUAUUGAUGUCGAAUCGGCGGGGAAAAGGCGCGAAUUCCGUCUUAGCGAACGCCAGAGACACAACGAGUUGAGUGGGGCCCCCAGCACGGCCCCCCUUGAGCCAGAAACGUGCUCUGUUAAACUGCCGCCACAUCGUAGUGUCGCCAACGUUGAAGAAGCUCAAUUCGAAUCAAUCAAGCUGGAAAAACAGGCCAGGAAAACUUACAUCCAAUUAAAGGACUAAUUGGAAGAAUUUCACCAAUUUGAGUUUUUUUUUGUUUCAAAUGAGUUAAUUUGGGUUACUUUGUUGGAAGUUAUGUUCAUUUAUUAAGAAUAAAAUAUAUUUUUGUUUGA